CGCGGGUGCGGGAGAGGAGCAGCGCUGUGGUGGCCGUGUCGUGUCGUGUCCCGGCGAUGCCGGCCAACAAGUCCUUCCGGCGGCGCAGGGAGGACGAGGAGGAGGAGGAGGACGAGCAGCUCGCCGAGGAGGUCAGGUUAAAACUUGAGGAAGCCAAAGAAGUUCAGAGCCUCAGAAAGCGACCCAAUGGGGUGAGCGCUGUAGCUCUGCUUGUGGGAGAGAAGUUGCAAGAAGAAGCAACACUCGUGGAUGACCCAUUUAAGAUAAAAUCCGGGGGAAUGGUGGACAUGAAGAAGCUGAAGGAAAGAGGCAAGGACAGGAUUAAUGAAGAGGAAGAUCUGAACUUGGGAACUUCCUUCUCAGCAGAAACCAACAGGCGGGAUGAAGAUGCUGACAUGAUGAAGUACAUUGAGACUGAGCUGAAGAAGAGAAAGGGAAUUGUGGAGAACGAGGAGCAGAAGGUGAAGCUGAAGAACGCUGAGGACUCUCUGUACGAGCUGCCAGAGAACAUCCGUGUCUCCUCUGCUAAGAAGACUGAGGAGAUGCUGUCCAACCAGAUGCUGAGUGGCAUUCCUGAAGUGGACCUGGGAAUCGAUGCAAAAAUAAAAAACAUCAUCUCAACUGAAGAGGCCAAGGCCAAGCUGCUGGCAGAGCAGCAGAACAAGAAGAAAGACAGCGAAACUUCCUUUGUUCCCACCAACAUGGCUGUUAAUUAUGUUCAGCACAACAGAUUUUACCACGAGGAGCUGAACGCACCAGUGAGAAGGAACAAAGAGGAGCCAAAGCCCCGUCCCCUGAGAGUGGGGGACACGGAGAGACCAGAACCUGAGCGGUCUCCUCCAAAUCGCAAACGCCCCCUCAAUGAAAAAGCCACAGAUGAUUAUCACUAUGAGAAGUUCAAGAAGAUGAACAGGCGGUACUGACGAACGUGGACUGAAGCCUUUGGAGUUGUUUGGAUUUUCCACUAGUAAAGGAUUUUGUGUCAGUGACCUGCGAUGGAUUUUGAGGAGAGUCACUACCUUCACAUGCUGAUGUUAACUACGAAGCUUUUCCUGUGUGAUCUUGUAGUGAAUCAGUUUGCAGGUGAUUGUGAACUCUUUGGUCAGUGAAACCCUGUAUAUAGCUAUGUUCUUAUAAAUGAAGUUUUAUAAUGGAAAAUGA